GUUUGUAUGCGAGUGGUUGGGUCCUCAUCCUAGCACAUCACAAUGGCACCCGUAAAGUUGUUCAAGUUCCUGUUUGUCCUGGCAUUGGUGGAGGUGUUUCGCGUUGCCUUCUACUACGUCGCCCACAUUACAGUCGUGCAGUCUAUGACCAAGAGGCCUAUGAUCACCAGGUUGGUCUCAGAUGUUAAGAUUCAUGAGACAUCAGCAAUUUCAAAAGAACCGAAUAUAUAUAACUCUUCAUCUACGAAAAAGACGAACACAUAUCACUCAUCACUUACGAAGGUACCAGAUCGCUCGUCUACUAAGGAAAUGAAUGUAAAUCAGUCAUUGAAUACUCAUACAAAUCGCUCGUCUACUAUGAAGGAACUAAAUGUAAAUCACUCAUUGGAUACUUAUACAAAUCGCUCGUCUACUAAGAAGAAACUGAAUGCAAAUCAUUCAUUGGAAGACGACCCUCGGUGCAGAACUCUUGUAAAAGAAAAGGACGGCCGAAAUAAAUCGAAAACAUCGUCCAAGGCGGCGACAGCGAAAGACGCCAAAAGGUUUAAAUUCAUACACGAGACCAAGCUGCCACACGGGAAGGGGCCGGUUGUGAACAGCAUCCCGUGCGAGGUGACGUGGCGCCACGACCUGGCCCACAAGCUGCCGUGCAAGGGCCAGAAUCCUCGCGUGCUGGCGGUUGUGAUCUCGGCGCCGGGCCACCAGGCGCUGCGGGACCGCAUCAGGAAGUCGUGGGCCAGCCCGGCGCUCUACCCGCGCUCCGGGCUCAAAGCGGUUUUUGCAAUAGGAGCGGUCCACAACAGUUCGCUGCGGGCUGCUCUGGACGCCGAGUCAAGGCAGUACAAUGAUAUUAUCCAAAAUAAUUUCCUUGACUCAUACGGAAACCUAACGUACAAAACGAUCUCAUGGCUGGACUGGGUCGUGAGGAACUGCCCCGAGACCCCGUUCGUGGCCAAAGUGGACGACGACGUGGUGGUGAACCCCCUGAACCUGCGCUCUUUCUUGCAACUCCCCGACAUCUCGUCGAAGGAUCAGACGCCCUCGUCUACUGGAGCAAUCUUCGGAGAUGUUUUAUAUAAAGGAAUUGCCCAUCGCACCGGUCGCUGGGCUCUGCAGAAGGAGGAUUACCCGGAGUCAAAACUACCCACGUUUGCCUUGGGUCCUGCCUACAUCCUCACCAGGAAGGCCUGCAAACGGUUGUGGGAGGACCUACCUCACGUGCCCUUCGUGUGGCUGGAAGAUGUGUUCCUGACGGGGCUCGUGGCGCACUAUGCAGGCGUUCCUUGCGUCAAAGUCCCGAUCUUUCAGAGGAGUUACGCCUUCUCCUUCUAUAAAGGCUCCUCCGUGUUCAUGAAGGAGGGACGGCGCUCUGAUAAGGACAAAGCCUUCGCAUUCAUAGCGUCUUUAACGAAGCCUAAAUCUUAGCUUAGUGCGCUGAAUUCGUUGAUGACAAAAGUGCAAGAUUAUAGAAAUGAUAAUGUUGAUUAAAUAAUGAAAGGUCCUAGUGUAGAAUGUUAAAACUAUGGAUGGUAAUGACAAUCAAAAUGAUAAUGAUAAUAUCAAUAUUUGUAGUAAGAAUUGAAGAUUAUUUAGGUUCUGUUCAGUGAAAGAUUUUAUAAAUUGCGCAAGUGUAAGUGCAAUUCACGUAGCUGAUGAACACGGUGAUUAUAAUUACCUUUCGGACAGAAUCUGACAAGACGUGUAAACAGUCACAAUAUACUAACCUGCCGCAGGGCCAUGGGCACUAGAAGCCCGUGGUACUUUGAAUCAUUUUUUCAUGGUUUCUGAAGGUGAAUCCAUUACGUCACAUCAGUGAAGCAUACUCAUCAAAGGAAGAUGAAACUAAAGUUGGCAACUAUGAAACACGGAACUGAAUUUUAUGCGUCAAAGCAAGAGUCGGUUUCACUUACUCUGUACUUGAUGUUUAGCUUCUAUUCUGGUUAGAUUCCAGUAAUCCACAUCGCAACGUUUCUUUCAAGUUAACAAUGUGAUAAAUAGAUAAAUAAGGAUAUUGAUAGAAAAAGAGACACAGAUAGAUGAAGAGAGAAAGACGAAGUGAAUUGGUCAAAAGCAGAUUUUCUCACAAAUGUUGAAAAUGUUUUAAUCAUAUGGCUCUAAAUUUAAAUAAUCCGCACAGGUAUUGCUUUGAACAUAUCGGAAAUUAGAAGGCCACUUUGGUUACUUUCCCCAUGUGAAAUCGUUCACAUACAAACAACGCAAGACAGCCGAUGCCAUACCGAAUGAGGACAAAUAGGAUCAUGCUAAAAAGAAACUGUUACCCAACUGUACAUUUUCUCUCAGCAGGAAAGCUUCGUGCGUAGGUGGGUCUUUCCACUUUCAGAUCUAUAAAUUCAUGAGUAAGUCGUGCUUCUAAAAGUUCUUGAAACAUGCGGCUAACAUGAAGUUUAUUUAUAGCAUUUUCAAAGGCAUUUGUGGCCAGUCUAUCGCUCUGACUCCAUACUGACGUAGAGUCGGCCAUUUUACUUAUGCAUGUUCUGCUUGGAGGGCGCAGAACCGAGACGAUACCAUCCGCUGGGAGAGAUUUCUACAAAGGCAUUACCUAACUAAUUUGAAACAUGAAUUUUGUGAUGAUUAUACAAGCUGUCUCCAGGGCAAGUACUGAAGCGGGUAUACUCUUCUGUACAAAGGCUGCCAAGUCUCCUUUGCUCAUCAGCCAAAUGGGUUUCUUGUGUAUAUAACAUGAAGAACAUAUAAUGUAUAUUUUUAUUACCAAUAUUAUGUCGUAUUCUGUUUCACUUAUUGUACUGAUAUAAGGCGUACUGCAGAAUAGAGCCUUUAGACUGUAAAGUGUUUGUUUUAAGUACUUAUAAUAUAAUCCAUUCCAAUCCUGUACUGAAGAAAUUUAUAUUUCGUGCAAGUCUAUGUCAUCCUGAAACAUCUAAGCCGGAAUCGACGAGAUCAUAUCGGAGACAAUGCAACAUCUAGACCACCAAAAGGCCAUGUUUUGUACCAAAACAUGGCCUUUUGCAGCUGUAAUUAUAUAGUUUUCUGACAACAACAUAACAUUAAUGGCGAUGCGGGCUGGCGAGUCUGAGCAGCGGAAAGAGCAUGACAAACCCUUUCAUAUCUGUAGGAAUAUCAGACACACUUGUAGGAACCAAUGAGUAUCUACAAAGAACAAAAUAAAGUCGGAAUUUAAAGCAGGAGGACCUUUCUCCAUCAUAGAGGAACCAAGCUCUGUAGCGCCUCCUUGAAAUCUACAGAGUAAAUUAUUCCUUGGUUUCGUCGAGACAUUCACUAAGAUGAUUGUGCAGCCAGAGAAGUUAUGGAUCAUUUUACCAUGAAUCUGUUGUGCAUGCGAAUGUGAAGUUGAUGACUAUAUUGUAGACAACGCCAGAAGUAAGAUGUGUUUGCUUAGAGUUCAGGAGAAUUUAUUACAAUGUUUCGAAAAUGUUUCACUAGUUGAAAAAAAAAUCAGAGAAAGGAGAGAAAUUCCCCGAGUAAAGCCCCAGAGGAAAAUUCAUUCCAUUAGCUUAUCACAUGUAUCGCAUGAAGGGAACAAAGAAUGAUUCCCAAACAAAGUCUGUUAGUGAAGAGAAAGGCACUAACAACGGUCCAAGUAAAACUUAAGUGGUUAGAACAGCUGACACUAAUUAUAGGUUUAGCAGUAGCACCAGGUGCAAUACUUCAGCAAAGUAUACCGGCAUGUGAUGGAUAAACCAAUUAAGAUUGAAGUGAUGAAAGUAGUAAAAACAAUUAUUUCGCUGGUCAAAACAUUUGAUUUUUUUAGAUUCAUUACAUGUAAUGCAGCUACAUAGGCCACACUUACUAAAUACUUAGGUAAGCAAUAUUAACAGAGUUAGCAAUACAAUAUUUAGAUAGGAUUUUGUUAUAGAUCACAGUGGCCAAAAUUUCUUGAAACAGAGAAUACCUUUGUAUUAUAAAGAAAAAAUGAACCGAUACCCAAAAGAGCUGAGAGGGCCACAUCGGAAUUCUGAACGGGGUGCACCACAGGCUGCAACGUCCGAUGGCGGCGCCGAACAGAUGACAGCAACUGCACAGCUGCAGACUCAGCUUUCAUUACCAUAACUAAUGAUGUAUUUGAAGCACACUGUUAUUGCAACAAAGGUGAUUUAAACGAGCAUUAAAAUGAGAAGGAUAAAAGCUAAUUCAUUUUUUCUCUGUAGUAAUUUUGAUUUAAAGUAAAUGAGUGUGGCAAAUGGCAAA